UCCUUUACAGUCUGCAGCGGCUGUCACCUAUUGAGAUCAUUUGUAAUUUUUUCAUGUAGUAACAGAACUAUGUACUUACAGGAAAAUGCAGACGUUGAGUGGAAGUUCUCAAGAACUGCAGCGUGGAUGACGUAUAUGACGUUUGAUAUCGAGUUGCCGCCACCAUUCAAUUUAUUACCGUCAGUCAGAAAGUGUUGUAGAAACGAAGAUGCUGUAGAAAAGAGUCCCGUUCGUGUCGACUAUUUUAAACGCCAGUAUAAGCGUGUGAUUGGCACUUUGGUGGAGAGGUUCAUACACGAAUCAAACAUUGAGGAAAGCAGUGCUGAAGCAAACAUCUCGAAAAAGGACAUAACAAGUCUAAAAACUGAUAUUCUUACAUUAAGAUAUGACUGUGGCGAAAUGUUAAAGGGCCUAAACAAAAGUUUGAACAGUGCCUUGAGUUUUACCGACUUAACGAACAAGAAGUUGGAGGUCACACAUACAAUAGAUGAAAAUGUACUCGUUUGUCAGAACGAAAUAAAAGUGCAGCAAGAAAGGUACCAACGCAUACAAGCAAACCUACAUGAAAUAAGCGAAACAACAUUAGCAAGUAUGCCACCGCAACCACCGCCGAUGAGAAGCCAACGAAGUGGGACAAAAGUGGCUGAUAUGGCGUCCAUGUUUAAGGCGGCACAGAUUAGUGGCAGCCGACUGAAUGACCAAGCAAAAGUUUUAUUUAAUGCGAACGAAUAGUUAUA